AUGAAGUUUUCAACUCUAGUUAGUUCUGCAUUGGGGAUAGUGAGUGUGGCUAACGCAACGAAUUGUGCUAUAAAACCCUAUAAUGCAUGCCCCACAACUGUGUUUGAUAUGACUAAACCUCAACCUAAGUUUGGAGUUGAAGUUUCACAAGAGGGUGAAUCUACAUUCAAAUAUAAAUUGAGUUUUUCAAUUGACUCUGGUCUCCAAAAGGAUUCACUUCAACUGUUACAACUCGUGGGAACUGGUCAAACAGUUACGUUAUUUGACGAAGCAAGUAGAGUCGAUGAAAUAUCAGAUGCAAACUUCUGGCAGUAUGAAAUCACAGGACCUGCCGAUAUAAGUGGGGAUUUAUACUGUGUUCCUCCUAUAUCUGUGGUAUACUUAUGGCAUUGUGGUAAGAAUAAAAGAGGAUACAAAGAAGGUGGUUAUAAUGCUACCGCUUGUGUCAAUGCUGCUUACCCCAUAUC